UAAUUUCAAAGAGAUGGUGAAUUCAAAGAAAAAGUAAACCAAAAUUGAUGGCCAAAUGGUUUUAAGCAAUUUGCCUUGACAAUACAAUAGGCAACAGUUAGACGUAUUACAAAAUGAUGCGAAUGACAUUUAAAAUGCCCGCAAAGAGGUUUUUAACCAUUAAUAAUAACAAUUGCAGAAUACUCAAUUUUGAAUUCUACGGUUCUUAAAAUCGUUCCACAAAUAUUGGUGAAUCUAACGGAUCCAGUUAAAAUCAUUUACUUCAUUAUUCUUGAUAAAGCCUUUAAUCCAAAUAAAUUAUGGAAGAAGAAGUUGCUCUAGAAGAAGGAGAGAUUGAAGAUAAUCUAAAUGAAGACUGUGAGUACAGACCUCUUCCACGUCCAGAAAAUUAUGCACAAGAAGUUUCUCAGAGGUUUCCUCCUGUGAAUAACAUUUCUUAUAGUGACAGCGAAGAAGAAUCUGCAUCAAGCAAUAGCGACAGUGAUUUGGAUAGUAGAACGCAAAUAGUUAAAAAGCCAAAAAGAGUUAAAUUGCAACCUAAAGUUCUUCCCCGAUCCACUAAACACAAGAAAUAUGACAUAUGGAGUACUCGAAUGCAAGAGGAUGUGUUGGCUGAAACUUUCAACAGUUGCGAUGUUACAUACAAGGAUAGAUCUCGUAAUGUUGAAUCUUAUGAUUACAGUUUAGCAAGAAAAUAUUAUGAACAAAUUGAUCAAAGACAGGGCAAUAAACGAACAAGAGAUGAUAGAAAAAAUUCAGCUUUUAAAUUUAAAGAUAAACCGACCAAUAAGGAAAGAAACUUAAAGGGUAAACCAAGAAUUAUUCCUGAUUUAAAUGUGGAUAUAAAUUGUAUAAAUGAAGAUAUUGCCAAAGACAUAGCCAACAAAUUAUGUGAAGAACGAGAGGAUCUUGUAUUAAAAAUUUUGGAUGCCAUGGGGAAGGAGAAAACUUUUGAAUUAUUUGAAGAAACCAGAAGAAUAGAAAAAGAAGGCGGCAUGUUGAUAAUGAAUCAAACAAGAAGAAGAACACCAGGUGGUUUAUUUUUAUACCUUGUUAGAAAUGAUUAUCAUAUUACACCAGAACAGAAACAAAAAAUUUUUGAAGAAGAUCGACAAAAGUUCAAAGAAAUGCUUAAGGAGAAGCGAAAGAAAAGGCAACAGAAGUUUAAAGAUGAAGCAGCCAAAUCAAAACUCUUGCCAGACCUCCUUACCCACGCUGAAUUAUUAGCCAGUAAGAAUCCAAAUCCAAAAACAAACCUUGACGCUUUGGAUGAAGGAAAUUGCACGAAUCCACCUCCAAGCCCUGAGACAGAUCAUCAGGAGAGUGGAGAUGGAAUGGGAUCGGGUCAAAUUACUUCUUUAGUAAAUGAUAGCCAUUCUACUGACAAUAGUAUGGAAAAUACUAGAGGGAGGUUAAAGACUUAUGAUGAUGAUUUUCUGGAUAUUGGUUGCUCGCAGGACAUGGAUUUAUUUUAAAAAUGCCUUUUGCUAUUAAGUAAAUAAAAGAUUUGUUAAUGGAACAUUA